AUGGCGAAAGUUUUGCAGCAAACAGCAAUUAUUUUAUUGGAUGAAUGUACAAUGACGCACAAAAAAUCACUUGAAGCAAUACACCGCACAAUGCUAGAUCUGCGUGGCAAUCAAAACAUUUUUAGUGGUGCAUUGAUAUUAUUGUCAGGUGAUUUUAGGCAAACACUUCCCUUAAUUCCACGCUCAACACCGGCAGAUGAGAUCAAUGCGUGCCUAAAGUCUUCUUUCAUGUGGAGAUAUGUGCGAAAAUUGACGCUAAACAUAAACAUGCGUGUUCAGUUGCAGAAUGAUCAAUCUGCAGAUCGGUUUUCGAAGCAAUUGUUGGAAAUCGGAAAUGGCAAAGUUCAAAUUGAUAACACAAACGAAUCACAGGAAUCACAAUGGUUGAGUGAACGCGCAAUUCUGGCACCAAAAAAUGUGCAAGUCAAUGCUAUCAAUUAUCUCAUCCAAGAAAAAUUGCCUGGUGCAGUAAUAUCAUACAAAUCUAUUGAUAGCGCAUUGAAUGAAGAUGAUGCAGUCAACUAUCCAGUUGAAUUUUUGAAUUCGUUAGAACCACCCGGUAUACCGCCGCAUUUCUUGAAUUUGAAGUACGGCUCAUCAAUUAUUUUACUACGGAAUUUGAAUGCACCAAAACUGUGCAACGGCACAAGAUUAGCUGUAAAAAGAUUGAGCCGAAUUUAA